UUGAAUCUUGAGACGCCCAUUUCAAGUCCACCCAGCCCCGGCUGCUGGAUCAGUUCAUCCCUCUCCUGCAGCCAGAUUUGCGAGCCUGGAUGCCGGAUCACCGCAGAUAUUCUACCGCAACAGGUAAAUCACCAGGAACCAGGAGAGUCGUGUAGGGGGCGUGUCGUGUACUUGCUGCGACUGCAGCUGGACCAUAUUGUUCGUAGCAGCAAUAAUGGCAGCGUUUUCGGGGCCGUCCCUCCCUACUUUCCGAUCAUGCAGACAGCGGAGGGUGCCUCAACUGAGCCAAAAAUGCAGCGCUUAUUGGGCGCAAUUAGUGUGGCGCGGCACGGUUUCGCCGCUGCUUUUUACCCGUACAGCAAUUGGUCCAGAUGGACUGUGCUGCCAGAGCAGGGAGUUCAAAGAGUGGCAUGGCUGUCUCUUAACAAAAGGGGUUACCAAAGGGAAGUACUACUAUGAGGUGACCUGCCAUGACCAGGGUCUAUGUCGCAUUGGGUGGUCCACCAGUCAGGCAGCCCUGGACUUGGGAACUGAUAAGUAUGGUUUUGGCUUUGGUGGGACUGGAAAGAAAUCCAACAACAAGCAGUUUGACAGCUAUGGAGAGGAGUUUACCAUGCAUGAUACCAUUGGAUGCUACUUGGAUGUAGACAAGGGCCAAAUGUCCUUCUCUAAAAAUGGUAAUGACCUGGGUGUGGCUUUUGAGAUCCCUCAACAAUUGAAAAGUCAGCCCUUCUUUGCCUCCUGCGUUCUAAAGAAUGCAGAGCUGAAGUUCAACUUUGGAGGAGAAGACUUUAAAAAUGCCCCCAAGAGUGGGUUUGUUGCCAUGGACCAGGCGCCAGAGGGCCACGCAGUCAAAUCUACUCAGGCAGGCAGUGCCAAAGUGAGUCAGGUGAAAGCAACAUCCAAUUCACCCAAAGCCCUGAUCAUCGAGCCAUCUAAAGAAUUGGCCCAACAAACCCUCAACAAUGUCAUUCAAUGUGCGAAAUACGUGGAUAACCCCAAACUCAGGAACCUGUUGGUGAUUGGUGGUGUGCCUGCCAAGGACCAGAUGGCUGCUCUGGAACAUGGGGUUGACAUUGUCUUGGGAACACCCAGAAGACUGUACGACCUCAUAUCCACCGGGAAGCUCAGUCUGUCCCAAGUCCGCUUUCUCGUCCUGGAUGAGUGUGAUGGCCUUCUGUCCGCAGGCUAUACAGACUUUAUCAACAGGAUUCAUAACCAAAUCCCUCAGUAAUAUUGUGUUGCACUGUUGGAGAAGCCUGUGACUUAAGAAUUUCAUCGACAUAACUACUCUGUAGCUAUGGUUGUAUGACUAAUAAAGAACCUUGAACACGCGACUGAAGGAGGACGGAGGUUGCACCAUCUGGUACAAAGAGAAAGAGCUCCUGUCAGAUAUUGAGGAGCAUCUGAAGUGCACCGUCACACAGUGCAAGCCAGACAUCAAAGUACCUUUGGAUGACUUCAGAUACAUCAACUGCAGUUGUGUUGAGCAUGACUAACAAACCUGUUGCCCUUGCCUAGGUGGUAACUACAAGGGUCACGUGGAUGCUCUGGCACCAACGGUCCUGGAACUGGCUAACCUCGAGAGGGAAGCCCAAUCUUCCUUCCUCCACCUGGGAUACCAAACCAGCUUUUCAGAGCUUUCUGAACACGCCCCAACUAGCACUAAAACUGUACAGAUUAAAGAAAUGCUCCAACAGGAAACAGAAUCUUUAUGAUACAACGCAGUAGUGUGCAGUUAUUUCUCAAGUUUUUUUCCCACCCAGAAUUAUGAACAUAACAUAAAAGUUAAACAAAAUUAUACUAUUUCACUCGGUAUGCCAAACUUGUCUCUGGCAUCUGAUACAUACACUAAUGAAAAAUACUUUGCUGGAUUGUGUUUUAUUUUCUGAUUGAUGUGGUUGAAUUAAAUAUUUAAGUUUCUUUAUGGCAUAAUUGGCUAGAAAGUCAAUGUAUUGAAGUGUCUGGGUGUAUUUUGUGUGAAAUAAACUGUAAUAGCCUGCUCAGUUUGAGUUCAAAAGCAGGCAAGUAUC